AUGCACGCCCUGGGGUAUCCUAAAAUCCGGAUAUGGGAGCUGAACGAAACCUCGACGCGGCAUGAUCAUUUGAUAGCGGCGCCCAGUGAUGAGGUCCUGGUGAAACAGUGGAUCGGCUACGCCGUUUUAUUCCCCAUCUUUGUUGCCUUCAACACUCUGGUCUUCCUUUCCAUUAUCCUCAACAAGAAAACCAGAAUUAAUGGCUUUAACCAAUACCUCUUAGCCAUUAUGUUCCCUGAUAUCUUGUACACAGGCUUUUGUGGCAUACAGUUUCUUGCCAUGGUAAUCAACGGAAGCUUCUAUGGCCAUUGGUGUACGGCUCAAUCCUGUGCAUUGGUUUUCUUUUUGGUAUCAAACAUCAACCUCAAUGCAGUGGUAGCUCACGAAAUCAAGAUUUUGCUGGAAGCUUCAAGCCGAAGACAAAGGUCAUUUCCUCCCUCGAAAAAGCGAAUCUUUGGCUUUGUCAGCGCUAGCUACCUCUUGGGGUGCAUUGGGGGUAUCAUUUGUCUGUUUGCUCUAGAAACAGAUUCGUUUAAGGGGCAAUCCUGCAUGCCCUUUACUGGGGAGACAUCUACCAAGAUUGCAUAUAUUUCCGUCCUGCCUCUGGUAAUCUUUCCCAUCCUCUUUGUAUGCGUUGAUGCGGUACAGAUUCUUAGAGGUGGACUCCUACCCAAAAAUGGCAGGACUCGAGAGAUUGCCAUUUUCUUUCUCCGGAUAUUUUUGGUAUUGGUGGUAAUGUGGGUUCCGGCCCUCAUCACCGUAAUGGUGGGAGCAGACAACAUACGGACCUGCUAUUUUAUUGGCCUCUGGUCCCAAAUGACCGGAAGUGUAACAUCCGCCUUUAGUUUGAUGAAAUCUGAUAUCCGAGAAGCCACUGUCAAUCUGCUUCGAUGCAGAAUACGACAAGCAAACGAAACCUUUGACGAUACACGUGUUAGUGAUGGCUCCGUCGGAAAAUCUCGACGCGGUGUUGACCAGUUCCGGAAUGAUCGCCCCUGGGUAUCCAAGUGGCCUUUCUCUAGAGCAACCAGUAAGGGUGUUUCUGCUGAAGAGGGUUCCACAGGGGCCUGUACCGACAAAGGCAGAAAUGAUUUCAUUGGUCCUGCACUGGAGGAUGGGGUUGUGCAUCUUGAUGUUGCGGACACCACAGUUUGUGGAGCGGGAAAGGCAAACAAUGAUGCGAUUGGAUCCGGGUGCUCUGAGGAGGAGGAAACACGUCAGGACUGGAAUGCUUAG